UGUUGUUGUGGUCGCUGAAUGAUGACGUCGCCGUAAACCAAACGCUAUGGCUGCUCAAGCUAGCGAGCUGGAGAUUGCUAAGAAAAAUUUAACUGAUGCAAUCGGCGAAAAUAUAAAACAUUACUGGGCAAACCUGAAAUUAUGGUUCAAACAAAAAAUCAGCAAGGAGGAGUUUGACGUUGAAGCACGUCGACUGCUGGCACAAGAGAAUGUUCAUGUCCACAAUGAUUUCCUCCUGGCCAUUCUGACACGCUGCCAGAUUAUUGUCUCCACACCAGAUGGUGCAGGGUCCUUACAGUGGCAGGGUGGCUCUGCUUCAAAGCCUGGCAAACCGAAAGGGAAGAAGAAAUGCUCCUCAAGACAGAAAUUUGAACAUCGUUUCCAGCCCCAGAACCCACUGAGUGCUGCCCAGCCUUUCAGCCCACGGGAAAUGGGCGGUGAAGAGGACGAGCUGCGUCUCAGCGCGCACACACUGCUGCUACCUACGCGGGGCCAGCUGGAGGCACGCAUGAUGGUGACAGCUUUUGAAUUGGGCUUGGAUAACAUCACAGAAGACGCUGUGAACACCAUGAUCUAUGCUGUUGAGCACCAUUUGAAAGAUGUCCUGACUGCUGUAAUCACUCGAAGGAAGGCAUAUCGUUUACGAGAUGGUCAUUUCCCCUACGCCUUUGGCAGUGAUGUGACUCCACAGCCUUAUCUGAAGAACAGCCUCACUGCUUACCACAGUGUUUCUGAAUGUCCCCCUCCAAGCGCUUCUCUUCAUGCGGGCCCUCCACCACCAGUGCCACCUGAUGAGGCCGAGCAACAAGCUGUUCAUUUAUUGGCUUGUUCUGCAGACAUUCUUCCAUCGCCCCUACCUCCAGUAAGUCUGUUUGAUCUCCUGGAGGCUUUGCAGGUUCACCAUGGCGUGAUGCCUUCUCACACGAUGUACGCCUUGAAUAUGGAGCGCAUCCUGUCGCGGCUCUGGCACCCCAGCCAUGAAGAACUGGAACAGGAUCAUGUCCACAGGCAGCGCCUUGCUGUGAAAGACGGCAUACUCGUCAGCUGAGAGACGCAGAAGUAAGCAAAUAUGGACUGUGGAUGCCAUUGGAAACCAAACAGAAGUCGAUGUGGAACAGUAGCAUGUCGGAAAAAUAAUUAUAUCUGGUGAAUCCAAUCCCUGUUGCAGAGAAAGCUGGAGCUUCAAUAAUCAGAUGACUUUGGUCAGUGAGCACAGAUUACUUCAUUCAAACCACCUAUUUGUGGCAAGAUGUCAGUGUAGUGGCUAUGCAUUUUUUUGUAUCUUUUUUUUACAGGUAAACAAGCAACAUUUGCAAAUUAUUUUCUGUAGUUGGACUAUAAUGUGCAAAUGAAAUAUAUGAGUGCUUAAUUUUUGGACUGUUGCAGUUGUGAGUACUGACCAUAAAGAAGGAUUGUGUUUUUUAAAAAAGCCUUAUUUAAAGAAGAAGCUUGUUUUUCAACAUUGGCUCUAUUUGUAGAUGUAUUAGGGGUCAUGUAUUCACUCAGGACAAAAAUUAAUUGACAAAUUUAAUCAUUCUUAUUUGAUGGGGCAGUAAGUCCAGUUGCAUGGACCAUUUAGCUACAGAGAUAAAAGUGUGCAACAAGCAGUUUGCUUUGUUUAUUAUUGCACAUCCAGUAAUAAUAAUUGGCUGGUUAGCAUGUGGCUGUGUUUGCCUUCUAAAUUAAUAAUGUGCCAGUUAAAUUAAUUUCUGUCCUGACUGAAAAGAUACACACACCCCCCACCAAAAAAUCCCUCUGAAUGGCUUCCCACUGCACUGUUACACAAAGCAGAAAUGUGUAGUAUAGGUCGAGGUGGAUGGUUUAGUUGAUUAAUCUGUCAAUUUAAAGUAUUUUUAAUUGGCACCUAUUGGCUAAUUUUGACAAAAGUGUCAAGCAUUCACUGGUUUUGGUUUCUCAAAUGUGAGAAUUUGCUUAUUUUUGUUUCAUUUAAUUGUAAAUGUGAAAGUCUAUGAGUUUCCGCCUGUUACUUGGGAUGGAAACGAUAAAUUUGAAGAAGCCCCCUUUGGCUUUGAUGACGGUCCUUGUGCAAUCUGUGGACCAUCUGACCACAAUUUACAUAUUCCAAUGGUGGCGAAACGGGAUCCGAAGUGAUUGAGACGUUAGGACACUGAACAGUCUGCAGCUCCUUUUAUGGCUGUCUGACAACAGUCUGUAUCAUCCACCUGUUGUCUACCUGCACUUUGGAUGCCAUCGUGCAGGUGUGGACGAGGUAAUCCGGAUGCGUUUUUGACACUGCGGACCACACCUCUCUUCCUCCCGACUGUGUCGGAUUAUGGCAAUAUUUGCCGUGUCAAGAAUGGUUCCUCCACAUUCUUGCUAUGUGAUGGGGCUGUUAAUAGCUCAUGCUGAUUAAAAGUGGGAAUCUUUACAAAGUCAAUGGAACAGCGUGUGUGUAUUUGUUCUUCCUUUUAUACAGAGCCCGGGGUAACUGAAGUAACAAUGUGUUGUGUGUAGGAAAUAUUUAAUUCCACAUUAAUAACAAAUGCACAGUGUCAGACUCCCCAAUAACUUGUAUGUUAAAACUCUCUCAGAAGUAUUAAAAGGAUGGAUGGGUGCCUCUGCUUUAUGGCCAGGUGGUGUCGACAAAGUGUCUAUAGAUUUAACUGUUUUUUUUUUUGUUUGUUUGUUUGUUUUUGCACUUAAAUGUAUGUUCAUUUUGUGUGGAACUUGUAGUUUGGUAAACAUAAAUGUGUAUAACUUGGUACUUAAAUGUCUAGUUUGUUAUUUAUAAUACAUAUACAGGUCUACAAAAGGAAUAAAUUUAAUAUUUUCUUUAAAA